CGCCGGGACAGCAGCACUGAGGCCGCGGCCCCGCCAUGGCUCCCGGCUCCGAGCAGCUCUUCGACUCCCUGGGUCACUUCGGCAGAUUUCAAGCAUGUGUGUAUUUUGCAUCUGUCUUUCAAGCUAUGUCAUGUGGCAUCCAUUACUUAGCAUCUGUGUUCAUGGCUGUUACACCUAACUUUGUAUGUGGGAUCCCUGGAAAUGUGAGUAGCGUUCUCUUCUACAACUCCUCUAAAGCAAGUCUAGAGGACAUCUGGACAACGUGGACAUCAACAGAAAAUUACAUUGUAGCCCAGCUGGAAAAUGGAGAAAUCUGGGAACUUAAUCAAUGCAGCAAGUCCAAACGAGAAGUCAGUUUUGACCUAGCGUAUGAAUAUAAAGGCAACAAGUCCAUAUUUUCUUGUUCUGAUGGAUUUCUUUAUGACGAUACAAAAUGGAAGAGCACUGUUGUUACGCAGUGGGAUCUGGUCUGUGACCGAGAAUGGUUGGCAAAAUUAAUCCAGCCUACGUUCAUGCUUGGAGUCUUGGUUGGAGCGGUGAUUUUUGGUGACAUUGCUGACAGACUGGGAAGACAGCGCGUUAUGUGGUUCACAAGUGCUGGUCAGUUUGUAUUUGGCAUCACAGUGGCAUUCACGUUUGACUACUACAGCUUCGUGAUUGUUCGCUUUCUCCUUGCUAUGGUUUCAAGUGGCUAUCUGGUUGUGGCUUUUGUUUAUGUGACUGAAUUUGUUGGCAUUAAAGCACGAACCUGGGCUUCUAUGCAUGUCCAUGCUUUUUUUGCUUUGGGAAUUAUGGUUGUGGCACUCGUGGGAUUUUUGGUUCGGACCUGGUGGGUGUAUCAGAUAUUUCUCUCCAUAGCAACUCUUCCCUUUGUCUUGUGCUGCUGGAUGCUUCCAGAAACACCUUUGUGGCUGCUAUCAGAGAAAAGAUAUGAAGAUGCACAAAAAGUAAUCAAUAUAAUGGCAAGGUGGAACAAAGUAAGCACUUCCUGCAAAGUGUCUGAACUGUGCUCAGUCCAACAAGAUGACCCAGGCACUGACAGAACAAGUGGCAAUGGUGCAUCCUCAACCAAGAAGCACACCAUCUUAGAUCUGUUUUGUAAUUGGUACAUUGCAAGAAGGACCAUCACGAUCUGGCUGGUCUGGUUCACUGGGAGCCUGGGGUACUACGUCUUCUCCCUGAGUUCUGUCAAUCUAGGAGGCAAUGAAUAUUUAAAUCUGUUUCUCAUAGGUGCUGUGGAGUUGCCUUGCUAUAUCAUUGCUUGCAUUGGGAUGGACAAACUGGGAAGGAGAAACACACUCAUUCCGUUCCUUAUUUUAAGUGCACUGAUCUGUGUUUUAAUUAUGUUCAUACCUCAGGACUUUAAUGUGUUAAUUAUCUUGGCAAACAUGGCUGGAAAAUUUUCAAUAGGUGUGGCAUUUGGCCUUAUAUACCUCUACACAGCAGAACUGUAUCCAACAAUUGUAAGAUCGCUUGCUGUUGGAAGUGGGAGCAUGAUGUGCCGUGUAGGCAGUGUGGUUGCUCCUUUCUGUGUGUAUCUGAGAAGUGUUUGGAUUUUCUUGCCACUUUCAUCAGUUACAGACUUGAGAAUUCAGUACACAGUGAAGUCAACUCACAGUUAUAAUUCAAGAGAGAAGCCUUAACCUCAUCAGGUCAUACUAAUAAUUUCAAACUUAAACUAUUUUUUUUUUCUUUUCAAAACUGCUUCCAGAAAAGUUAUCUUUUCUAACAAAAGUAUUCUGUGGAAUAGCUUCUGACUGAAAAAAUAAUAUUAAUUUUGCAAAAUGUGCAAAUAGUUUGUAUACUAUUCACUCUGUUGAAUGGUAAAUGUAUUUUUAUUAGUAGCUUAGAAAAAAUUGUUCACUGGAUCUACUUGCUAUCUUAAUAAGUUCUUUUUUAGAGAAAACUGCCUGAGGCCUUUUAAAAUGUUUCUCAUUCCAGACUAUUAUUUCCGUGCACCCCUUCUCACUUUGUUCAGGUCAGAUUAAGUCUCAAAUUUGUCUAAUGCUUCAGAGCAACACCAAUGCUUGUGUGCCAAACACUUCCAUACUUCCACACUUAAGAGGCUGAGCCUUUCUUAGUCCUCAGAGUAGAACAAGUGGUAUAUGGGCCUUAUUCAGGCUCUCUGCAGUCUCUUAGUUAUUAAAGAAAGAUUAGUAGGCAUGGUAUCUAAACACAUUCGUAUUAGACUCCAUAGACUCAUGUGGACUCUGCAGCUCCAUUUUUUCCUUACAGUACAAAAAAACAGUUACAAAAGUAUAAAUUAGAAAAUGAUAUCUAGAGGACAACGAGUUAUUACUUGUUCUGUUUUUUUUAGUCAGUGUCUGUCAGUGUCUUUUAGAUCUUGUGUGAGCAUCAACACUCAUUUACUGGUGCAGUGACUGUGCCUUAUGACUGUGGACCAUAGAAAACAUAUAGAUAGGAAAACAUAAUUCUAGCUGCUCUUUUAUGGCUUUCUGUCCCAGCUCUCUUUUUGCAGUUUACCUCUAGUCCCAGAGGUUUCUUCCUUGCCUGUGAGUCUGUAUCCUUGUUUGAGCAGAUGGCGUGAGAAGCUUCUGAACAUCCCUUGCCUGGUUUGUGUGAGCUUUGCUGUCCCUGGUGUGAAAUCACAGUUCUUCUCACCUGAGGCACCUACUCACAGGCUAACUGACACAAUCUCAUGAAAGCAAGUCUCUCCAUGUUUACUUCUUUGACACGUACCCCAAAAUCAGACAUCUAAAUUAUUGUAGAUAAAUAUUCUUUAUGCUGUAUAGUUUAUUUGUCAUUUUUUCUAUUGUAUCUGCAUGACCGUAUUAGUUUUAGUGAAUUCUGAAACUAGAGUAAUUGUUUAUAUCCCCCUAUAAAAUAUUAUUUCUUCUUCAUUUUACUGUCCUACUGUCCUAGAGUGCUUUGGUUCUGGAUAUAGGAUCCAGUCAUGUCUAAUGUGACAACUAAUGUGCUUUGAAGGCAAGCAAAAAUCAGUGAAUUUAAGUUUAGGGUAUUUCUGUGCGAUAAUUAAAGAGGUCUUUGUUCUCCCUUCAGUUAUGUGGGUGUCCCAGUAUUUGCAGAGAAAACCUCUGAAGAGAACUGCGUGGAUUACUAUGGCUUCUAUCAAGAUAUAAUUUGCUCAGCAAAAGUAUGUGCUUUUAACCUUACCCAUGUGAGUAAUCCCAUCAUCAUUCAGAGGAGCACUUGAAUACAUACUGUGAUGACUAAAGAUAGGAUUACUCAUAUGCUGUGGCUUUCUGUUUUGCUCAGGAACAGACUCAGUAUUCUUCCACUGCUUUCAGAUCCCCCUCUCCCAGUAUCCAGAGCAGAACAACUGCCAUUAUCUUCAGGAUCUGUUGCCAAACCCCGAGUGCCCCACCUUAAACAAGUACUUAACCAUACUAAGGGAGAAAAGGGCAGUCGUUCUAACGGGCAGUUAAACUGAUUCAGUCUGACUUUGCAGCCACUGUCCCCUUCACAAAGCUCUAAAUAAUUGUGUUAUUUUGGGGUUCGUUCACACGAUACUCUCUCUUUUUUUCAUAUGUAGUCCUAUCUUAUCUGCUUUCAUUGCAUGGGACAGUGCAGUAUGUUUUAACAAGGUACUAAAGAACAAUUUUAAAUUAAUUUUUCUGCUUUCUUAUCUGCAGAAUAACUGACUUGGACAUUACUCUGCUUUAAAUAGUCAAUGCAUGUUAUGUUUUCCAUUGACUUGAGGGAUUCAGGACCAGGUCAUCUGUAAUUGGUGUAUGUAAGGUAGGGAAAAUAAGAAAAAAGAAAGACUUAAAUGCACAAUGAUAGUGAGCAAUCCUUGCGGGCUACAGUUUUAAUCUGUACUCUGAAACACAAUGCAGCCUGAUGGCUUUUAACACUUAAAGCUAGUUCUUCCUGUCUCUGAUGUCAGUUUGUACUUGGUCUUUAAUUCAAAUGAGAUUUGAAUUUCCCUGAACCAAUUAUACUUUUUUUUUUUCCUGCUGGAAAUGAAAUGUGAAUUGAUCAACAGGUAUAGCUUUGGGGAUUUUAUGCAUGAGUAGCUCUGAGGAUGCUGUGGGGCUUCCUGUCCUUUCAGCUGAAGAAGCACGUUAUUGUAAAAAAAGGAAAUAGCAUUUCUGAAUUUCUAUCAGUAGAAUGUCUGCUUGUUUCCAUUUCCAUGUGGAGGAAAAUAUGUUUAACACUAAUUGUAUGUUGUAAAUGUAGCAUAGAUGGGAUGAGUUGUUUUCUUUCUCUUCAAUAUUCGUAGAUAAUCUAAAUCCUCUUGAAAGAGAGGACGGAGUUUGAGAAAAAGAGCUUCUAAGUUCCUUUGGGGCAUGUUUUCCUCUCAUUGCUAAUAAAAACAAUUCCUUUUCAUA